CGCUGCUGUAAAAUCGACCAAGGAUAUUUUGCGCGAACCUCAAUCAAAUCGCGCAAUGUUUACAUGCUCCACUCAUGAACACGGUUUGUGUACAAGGUAGCUAAGCCUUCGUUUAGUCUUUAUUCCUUCGUCAUCGCUUAAAAAAGAUUGAAAAUGAAUCGUAAUUCCUCAUUUGAGGAAUCAGCCGACGAAAAAGAAGUUUUUCGAGAUUUCAACAAAGAAGCUCCAUUAAUAAUCCAAAGUAAUGCAUUACCAAAAGAAUGUGCAGAUCAGUACGCAUUAGUAUAUCAAAGUUAUAAUAAGUGGAAAGAAGUGCAUAAAAGUUUCCUAUCGGUUUGUGAAGAGAAUAACCUGAUAAUUUAUUUGCAAGACUUACAAAACAAAAUGAAACCAUCAUCAUUAUGGAGUAUGUGGUCGAUGCUUAUGAAAACUUUAAGUGCAAACGAAAAUAUUGACCUAAAUAAGUUUGUGAAAUUAAAGAAUUUAUUGAAAAAUUGUUCCAAAGGCUAUAGACCGAAAAAAUCUGCAGUUUUGAAGUGGCAACAUAUUGAGGAAUUUAUGAAUAGAGCGCCAGAUCAUGAUUAUUCAUCCUCCACAGUAAGUAUUGUGACGUAUCCAGCCAACUCGGCACCAGGCUGCCAAAAGAUGCGCGAGCAGUAACGCC